AUGGUGUUCGACGAAGGCUGCGAAAAGUACGUAGAACGAGUCGAAAAAGUCGCCCUGGCAUGUGUUUCGGUUUUUUCGAAUCAUGUGUCUUCUGGAACUGUAACUCACAAUAAAGCACCUGGAGCUCCGAUAUAA